GAGCGAGAGAGAUUUUACAUUGAUUUAAAAGAAACAGAAACAGAGUCGCAGUUGCAUCGGCGGGGAGAAGGCAAACAUGGGUUGUAAAAUCGUGGAUAAUUCAGAUGAUAACGCUGCGUUGCCUUCGGUUAGUGAUGCUUUGCUAUUCACUACCAUGUGCAUUAUAGGAGUUCCCGUGGAAGUUCAGGUCAAGGACGGUUCGAUCUAUUCCGGCAUCUUCCACACUGCCUGUGUCGAAAAGAACUAUGGCAUUGUUUUGAAAAGAGCAAAGAUGACAAAGAAGGGGAAAAAUGACUCCAACUUAGAAAUAGGUGCUAUUGUUGAUACACUUGUUGUACUUUCAGGUGAUCUAGUUCAAGUAGUUGCUAAGGGAGUUAUACUUCAGGCAGAUGUAACUAUUGGCAGCGUAGCUGAGGAUGACAUUGGAGCUGUCACUGGAUAUGAUUGUCCUACUGAGUGUCGGGAAAGUGAAGAAGUAUCUCCCAGAUGUAACAAGGUUGAUUUGAAAAUGUCUGCAGUGGGUACUGCUCAAAUAAGUCAAAAUAGGAGUUUAGAUCAGAAUGAAAAUAAGUACGUAUAUGAUUUCAUAAAUGUGAGUUCUGGGGAUGGUUUUUCCGGAAAAGCUGAAGAGGUGCUUGGCAUGAGCAAAAAGGCAUUACCUGGAAAUGUUGAGGGCAUGCAUCAAGAAAAGAUUGAAGAUGUUUCAACUGUUUCAGAUUAUGUGGGACAGAUUGGGAAAGAGAGGUCACAAGGGAAAAAGGAUCAGUAUGACCGACAGCACAAGGCCCAUGAAGAAGACACUAUUAAUGAAGUUCAGAGCUUGAGUUCAAGCAUGGAUACUUUCCAUACCAAACUAAAAUCCGUUGAUGGAAAGAACUUGGGGUUAUCAUCUAAUAAUUAUCCAAAUGGAGCAUGUGCAAGCUCUGACCCUUCAUUUGUCAAACCGGUCACUCAGGACUGUCAGAGGCCUGCUUCAACAGACUUCUUGUCAGAUGUUUCAACCUCUUCCACUUCAGGAGUAGAUGUUCCCCCACAAUCAUGUUCCACUUCCUUAGCAUCAUCAACCAGCAUGGUCCCACCAAGAGGCUCGGCUUUUAAUACAAAUUCCAAGGAAUUUAAGCUCAAUCCAGGAGCAAAAACCUUCUCUCCAUCAUUCGCAAUACCUAGAGCAACAACUCCUGCAGUGCCAACAGUUGCAAGCAUGGCUUACAUCUCAAACAACUCGCCUUUGGUACCUGUUGCUGGUGUUCAGCAGGAAAUUGGAGUCGGCCCAUUUGCACCCCAUUCAUCUCUGCCCGUUAAGUUCGUCCAAUACAAUAAUUCAGUAGUUGGAAAUGGGGGCAGUGGUUCUCAAUAUUCUCAACCUAUUGUUGGACAAGUGGGAAGCAGGCAGCAGCCAGUUAGAUAUGCUGGUCAAUAUCCCAUCCAAGCAGGACCUCCAUAUGUGCAUCCAAAUUCUCAACCUGUUAUGGUUGGACGACUGGGACAGCUGCUCUAUGUGCAUCCAGUUUCACAUGAUGUGGUUCAGGGUGCAGCUGCAGUUUCACAAGUAUCUUCACGCUCUCUUUUAACUUCACAUCAGGCUCAUUUUCCAAAGCAGCAAGGAAAUGGAACAGCUCCAGCAUUGCACCUCUGUGUAGCUCCUCCGUCAUUCGUGGCUGGUGGACAGCAGCAUCCCUUUGCCAUUCCAACCCCUAUUCAGCUGUCACAGUCUCCUUUCCCUACUAUCCAGCCUGUUCCAGUACCUGGUGCCAAUGGUCUCUUUGGCAGUAAGUUCCCAUGAGUCUGUGUAUUCUUUCGCAUCUCUACCUAGUUUUUUUUACUGAAAUUAAGCUUUCUAAUUCUUUAUUAGAGAAGUACCAGGUGCAAGCAUUAGUUGUCAACUACCUUGUACUUUUUUUUACCGGACUUUCAAACUGUAAAGAGUAGUGGUUUUGGCAAUGAAGUUUUUUAUUGUUAUAAAUUUAUAUUAUUCUAUCUGUUGGAUGGAAAUUCAGCCGAUAAGAUAUUGAUGAUGGUAGUAAAAGAAUGGUCUUAAAAC